GUCCAAGAAGAGAGUUACAAUAUAUACGGUACAUCACGAGGAUUAGGGAAAAUUAUCAAAGCAAUCUGAAAGAGGGGGGAAAUGGUUCAUCAUAGAUUCUAGAUUGAACCUUUAAGAGGUUCCCCCACAGGGACGAACAACAAAACUAUUUUAAAGGUAAGAAGAGAGAUGUAAGGAAGAGAGAAGGGAAGGAUAAAUAGUACAAGAGGGUCGAGGCAGUUAUUUUGUGCAAAGAGUUGGAAGUAUUUGCCUAGAAAAUAUUAAUAGCACAUUUAAAAAUUUCAUUUGCAAUGAAAAGUUUUAGUUUUCAUCGCUAUUACUUUUACCUUUCAUUCACAUUCAACAUUUGCCCAUUUUCUUGCAUGUGAUAAUAUUAGAGCAUCUGUGAAAUCCAACAUGCCUCUAAAAGUAUUAAAAGUUGUUCAUUAGUUAUUUUGUCCUUAUGGCAUGCAAACCUUUACACUGUAGUGAGAGGCUUAUGCUUUAAUCAGCUGUUUACAAUUUAUUCAAGGGUUAAGUAUGCAUGUAUUUAUUUAGAAAAUAAACCAAAUGUAUUUAUGACAGGGGAUUUUUAAAAAAUGAAAUAAAAUAAAAAGUGUGCUUGCAGCCAUGUAUUUGUGUGUUUGCGUGUCAUUUGUAAAACAAUAAUGUACCAUUCUGUUUCCAGUUCUUGUGCAGCAUCUUUCCCUAAAAAAAGGGCUCAGUGCAACUUUCUAAAAUGAAUGAGAUGAAUUAUACACGCUAACAUAGGACUCCCGACCUCCCCCAUUCACGCUGCAACUCCGCGCAUGCGCAUCGGCCCCCCGUGGUUUCGGCCUGUUUCGGAACCGUUCGGGCAUUUUCGCCUCUUUGUUUUACUGAUAGUGGAUUUAACUCGGAUUCAACCCAACAUCCAACGGAGCGCUCUCUUCAUAAACAGGUGUGUGAGCAGUGGUCCAUGAUGCACAGCUAAUGCUGGCCUGGCUGCCUCUCUGUCUGCAGUAGAUUCAUGGCAGCAUUAGGGAACCCCGAGAUGCUCACAAGGAAGAUCAAACUGUGGGACAUAAAUGCCCACAUUACAUGUCGCCUGUGUGAGGGGUACCUGAUCGACGCCACCACUGUCACCGAGUGCUUGCACACCUUCUGCAGGAGCUGUUUAGUGAAAUAUCUGGAAGAGAACAACACGUGCCCCACGUGUAGGAUUGUCAUUCACCAGAGCCACCCACUGCAGUAUAUCGGCCAUGACCGAACAAUGCAAGACAUUGUCUAUAAGCUGGUGCCGGGACUCCAAGAAGCGGAGUUGAAAAAGCAGAGAGAUUUCUAUCAGAAACUGGGCAUGGAGGUACCCGGGGACAUCAAAGGAGAGCUGUGCAACAUGAAGGCCCACCUGGACUCGCAGCGCAAUGGCGAAGUAAAAUCCGAGGACGCAGCAAAGGAGGGCGAUGAGAAACCAGAAGAGGACAAUGAUUAUCAUCGUAGUGAUGAGCAGGUGAGCAUCUGUCUGGAAUGUAACAGCAGUAAGCUCCGUGGACUCAAGCGGAAGUGGAUCCGCUGCUCGGCCCAGGCUACCGUUCUUCAUCUUAAAAAAUUCAUCGCCAAGAAGCUCAACUUGACAUCUUUCAACGAGCUGGACAUUUUAUGCAACGAAGAAAUCCUAGGCAAGGACCAUACGCUCAAAUUUGUGGUGGUGACGAGGUGGAGAUUCAAGAAAUCACCCCUCCUCCUGCAUUACAGACCCAAGAUGGAUUUGCUGUAGUUGGACAGGACGGUUGUUUUGGCCCAGGACUGCGCAGCGCACUAUUUAUGCAGAGACUAUCAACGUCACACACACACCAAACACACACCAGUCCCACGAGUCAAUCCCGACACGAGCCAGCAAACAACCAAUACCAACUCAAUUAAUGCUACGCUGGUGAUUCAGCCAAGCCAAACAGCUGCAGGCGUUCCUUCUACUCAUCAUCCGCUAUGUCCUCGAUAUGUGAAAGAAAAAAAAAAAACAACGGGAAAAAAAGAGAGAGAGAAAGCAUAUAUUUAUACUUUUGUACAGAAGAGAGACACGGACCCAAGACGCUACCGGUGCUCUGUUUACACACCAACAACAAACAAAGGGGUGAAGUUUUUAUAUCGACGACCAUGGCUCGCACCUCAGACCGGUGAAGAGCCGCUGCUCAGUGUGUGCACUCCUGAGUGGGGGUCCCGUCACACUGCUCACUGCGGAGAAACUUCUUCACUGCCCACUCACUCGUUCAGGUCUCAACAGUCUCGGGAGCACAGAAAAUACAACUAUAUGACAAAAGACAUCGUUCCUAAUACGUUUUAGUUGUGAAUCGUCUCGGAGCAUUUGUUUAUUUUGUUUGUUUGUUUGUUUGUUUUUUUCCCCUUUAUUGCGUUACCGAACGUGGAAUUGUGAAUAGACAAAAUUAUGUGUAGUAAUUUAUGUUCAAUUUACAAGUAUUGUACAUAGACAUUGUUACAAUGCAAGAGAGAUAAAAAGCUGAUGGGUGAAAUGUAAGAGUGAGCGAGUGUGUGAGUGCGAGACAGAGAUUGACUGAUCGACUGUUCUGAAAUGUGGAUUUUAAAGGAAUGAUUCGAGGAAACCAUAUUUACACCAGUUUUCCACCUAAACACAGAUGAGAGACAGUGAUUUGCAUAAGUAUUCUGCACACCUUGACCCCCCCACCCAAACGUUUCCACAUUUUGUAGUGCAACAACAUGGGAAUGAAACUUCCAGUUAGUUAAUUUAAUUAAUUUUAGUUAAUAAUUUGGCUUAUAUAUCUUCAGUCUUAUGAGUUAUUUUGUGCAGAUUAAAGUAGGAAAAAUGUAUAUAGUUUCCAAAAUUAUUUACAAAUAAAGAACAUAAAAAUUUGCAUAAGUAUUCAAACCCUGUUUCUGUGAAACCUUUAAAUUAGUCACAUCAUUAGAUGUGUGAAAUCUGACUAUAAAUACAGAAUGUUAAAGAAUAUAUCAAUCACUCAGCAUCAUGAACUCCAAGAAGCUAUCAAAACAAUGUUCUGGGAAAAUCAGGGUUUGGUUGUUUAAAAAAAAAAAAUAAAUAAAAUUUAAUCCCAAACUUUGAAUAUCUCACAGAGCUCCAUUAUUGUAAAUAUUCAAAUAAUUUGGCAAACUAUAUAGAUUUUUCCCUUAUGGUCAAAUAUUAUGGACUAUUUUGUGUAGAUUUAUGGCGUA